CUCUUUCCUCUGCAAUAUCUAUCAUUUUCCUUUUGAAAUUGUCAAAAAUUUCCUUUUUCAUAUUUACAAUUUUGGUAUUUGUGGAAAUUACCCUUUCAGAGCAGAGGUGGCUAGUAGCAACCAUGUCGGUUAUCAAGUUGCAAUCCUCCGAUGGCGAAGUUUUCGAAACUGAUGCGGAGACGGCAAAGUGCUCGAAGACCAUCAGGGCUUUGCUGGAGGAUUGCUGUUUGGAGGCAGAGUCGGCAGAGAAUCCGAUUAUUCCCCUGCCCAAUGUGAACUCGAUGAUACUGAACAAAGUCUUAAUUUGGGCCAACCACCACAAGGCCGACCUUGACUUGGCCGAUGACAAUGAGGAGGAGGAGGAUGAGCUCAAUCCCCUCACAGUGCUGAGUCCCUGGGACGUGGAGUUUCUCGCCGUCGAUCAGGGGACACUCUUUGAGCUGAUCCUGGCGGCCAACUACCUGGAUAUCCAAAAGCUGCUGAAUGCCACCUGCCAGACAGUGGCCAAUAUGAUCAAGGGACACACGGUCGAGGAGAUUCGCCAGACCUUUCACAUAGCCAACGAUUUCUCGCCCUCCGAGGAGGAUCUCCUGCCCAGGGAGGAGUUGGGAGCUGAAGAGGUGGACUUGGUGUCCCUAGAUCCAUGAACAAGAACCAUAAAUUACUAAAUAAAGUUUGUCCGCAAAAAAAACAA